AUGGCCAUUGCAGGAAAAACAAGAUUAACACUAGAAAUAGGAGGAAGAAAUUAUAUUCAUGAAUUAAUUAUUAAUGAAGAAAGAGAAUUAACUUCACAAUUGAUAUUAGGCUGGCAUUUUAUGAAAAGGUACGAUGUGAAAUUUCAGACUAACCCACUGAAGCUCUAUAUUGAAAGAAAUAAUUAA